UGCAGCAAAACAGUCGCAAAAGCACCAAUAUUUCGCAUCAAAAUGGAGCGUAAAUGUCAAACAAGAAACAUCCUGUGGCGAUCUUUUCUAACUUUGACUCUUUUCGCGAUCUCAGAUUCCAUUGCGCUUCGUCUAGACGACAGCCAAGUGAGAUACAUUCCGUUGACAAGAAAGAACUUGGAUGGAGGUUUCCGAUUCCUUCGAAGGGACAACUUUCAGUUUGAGAAAGAAAUGAGUGAGUUGAAUGAGUUAAGAUACAGAUUUCGGCGAAGCAACGAAGGUUCUUUCCGUGUUCAUAAUAAAACGAGGAUAUCAGAGGAGUUUGAGCUCACAGGAGACAAUCAUACCGUGGCUUUCUUACACUGGUCGGGAAAAAACAGUUCGGUUAUUUACAUAUACACCUGUGCAAAAGUGAAUCAAACUGAAAGUGGAAAUUUUAUCUGUGAGGAUGGAUUUUUUUGGAGAUCAACAGACUAUGGAACCACGUUCAAACAUGAAGAUUCUAAGUUUAAGUCAGAAUCCACCAAUAAUGUGGAUUUUUGUUCAAGCAAUUAUAAGAGGGUUAUGGUGAGCGUCUCAGUACCUAGCAAAAGUUAUCUGUACAUCUCAGAUGAUGAAGGAGCAAGUUUUAAACGUCUUCCUUUGCCUUUUACUCCUCAUGUGGUUUCAUGCAGUCCUGUAAAAUAUUCAACUUUGGUAGCUCAUGAUCAGAGUAAGAAAGAGAAAUUAAACGUCAAUGCAGACUUGUAUGUUUACUACAAAAGUGAUGACAACUCCACCAACAAUUUUUUCAGAAAGGCACAGUUCCCUCUUGAUGUUGAGACAAAGUCAUUCAAAAUUGUCGAUGCAAGUGAAGGAGAAGUUAUGGUAGUUGUAAGACAUGAAAAAAAUGGCCAAGAUUCUUACAACUUGUAUGUAUCGGAUCUCACUGGAGUCAAGUAUACUCUGUCUUUGGAAAAGAUUCUUAGUGACCGGACUCCUAUUUGGGGAAAGAAUACGACACUGGUGGAUUUUCACAGGGUCAAGAGCCUCAAUGGAACGUACCUCGCGAAUGUGUUCAUCCCAGAUGGUGAUGGGGGAAAAGACGUCAGAUACAAAUCUGUGAUUACAUUUAACAAGGGAGGUGAAUGGUUUCCACUGAAAGCCCCAUUAGUUGAUCAUAAAGGAAAAUCUACAAAAUGCUUCCCGCCCAAAUGUUCUCUUCACAUUCAUAUGGUGUUGAGCCGAUGGUAUUUCUACGUUCCUCCUGUGUUGUCGUCUUCCUCAGCUGUAGGAAUCAUUGUGGCUCAAGGAAUUUGACAACUUCCACGAUUUUGUUAUCGGAGACCAUGGUGGUAUUCUGGCAGCAGUCCCUCUAGUACGGAACGCUAAAAAAGUGUGGUAUAGUUGCACUGAAGGACAGACUUGGAAAAAUGUCACUUUAGGAGUUGAACCGGUGACUGUUUUUGGCAUGGUCACUGAGCCGGGAGGAACAACUCUAGUAAUCAAUGUAUUUGGUCAGCAUUCACGCCACACAUUUCAAUGGCUCUCGGUGAAACUAGACUUCACGUCAGUUCUCAACAAGAAGUGUCAACCAGAUAACUAUACAACCUGGUCUCCCAACGAUGAGCGUAUUGAUGGCAACUGUUUAUUGGGUCAACACUUUGUAUAUGAACGUCGUAAAAGCGGAGAUUGCUGCUUCAACGGAGAGGAAUACGAGAGAGAAAUCAACAUUACAACUUGCGCCUGUGAAGAGGAUGAUUUUGAAUGUGACUUUGGCUACGAACAUUCACAGCUCUCUAAAGUGUGUAAGCCCACCAUCGACGUUGAUCUAGUACCAGCUCAAUGCCCAGAGGGAAAAACGUAUCAACACAGUCGAGGUUACAGGAAAGUUGUCGGAGAUCGCUGUAAAGGCGGAAGCGAAGAUAAGUUGAUGCCGGAGACAAGAAAAUGCCCAAUUAAAGAUCGUAUUGAAGAAGUCGAUAUCGAACCUCCUCAUGCAGUAGUAGUUGGCGCCGAGGCGUGGUUCAACCUCACUCUUCACUCCACCACCAAGUUGGUUCAAAAGGACACAUCACAUCCAAAUUUUGGCGUAACACACUACAUGUGGACAUUCGACCAGAAAGACAAAAGGCUUCCUUUGUUGACUUGGGAUAGAGAGGUGCACCACAUAUACACCAAAGCAGGCACAUAUAAAGUGUCUGUCCUUGCUAGUAACAAUAUAGGACAAGAAGGUGGCAGUACCACUGUAACUGUGUAUGAGGAUCUUCUUACUGUGCGUCUGUUAUUCGACUUGGUGCUGGAUGAAAGCAAUGAUAGGACAUGGAAAUGGAGAAAUUUUUUCGCCAACAAGCUGAAAGCCGCUAUUUCUAAGUUGCUGGAUGUUGAACCCGAGCGCCUCGAAGUUUUUGUGUUACGUGGGCUGCCGACAAAGAGUGAUGUGUCUAUAGUACCAGCUGAGACCAACACUAGCAAGCCAACAGAGGAGAUUGUAGCAUCACUGAAGAUAAAGGUGAAGUUAGGUGUGGUCAAGGUCCAGCUGUCAAAUGAUUUGACUGUCAGAGUCACGCACGUCGAGGUGCUACCAAAUAGAGACGAUGGGGGCCGCGUGAAGACGACAAGAAUUAGUAGUAGUUUGCCUACAUCGGUUUUCAGUCCUUUAAAAGACUAUGGUGGUGAUGUUGUAUAUCCAACAGAGUCUUCCGAUUCCGGAACGCGGUUGGCAAUUGGUGUUGGCAUCGCUGCCGCGCUUGUGGUCGUGUUUCUCGUAGGGACUCUGGUGUAUUUCCUCAGACGCUACAACCUUUUACGAAGCCGCUACACUCACCUCCGUUUAUACAGUGACGGCGCACAACUGAGGGACCCCUUGGUAGAAAACGAUGAAAGUGAGGGUGACGAGUAUUUGCAUCCGCAGCCAGGGGGAUCGUUGCGUUAUGUGCCGGUACCCACCAGCUCAGUACCAGACCCCGACAGUGACGACGAACUCAUAGACAACUUCGGAAAGGGAUCUUUAGCUCUUCUGAAGCCUGACAGCCAACAUGGCCAAGGCCACGGAGGAAAUACCAACAUCUGAGCAGUUAUGAAAUAAUCCAAGUAAUAAAUGCAGCCGCGUACAGUAGUACUUCUUGUUUAGGCUUGAUAAACUAAGCCGGGAAUAAGCUAUUACACUACUCAGUAGACUGUAGACUUAAUGUUAAUAGUCAACCCAUAGAAAGGUCAUUUAAGAGGGUCUUGGAUAGAAUGAAGUGAGGUUUGGGGGUAGGGUGAAAAGACCAUAUCCCCCCCCUCAGUUGGGUGUUAAGAUUAGAACUAAACACUCCUCUACCACUUCCCCCCUCUACCACUUCCUCCCUCCACCACUUCCCCCCUCUACCACUUCCCUCCCCCCCAAGGCCCUCUUCAUACUUAUUUUCCUGCGUUCGUUAGCCUAAUGAACGAGAGUUUCCCAACAGGGUUUCUUUUUUUUUUAAAUUGUCGAAAUAGGAUAGACCGCAACUUAAGGUUUCUUAAAAAAAAGGAUUAAAAGUCAGUGCUGUAGUUCACACUGAUAUGAUACGAGAGAGAGAGAGAGUGGCAAGGUUAGCAAUGUAGUUUACCCCUGUGAGACAGUGGUUCCUAUGGGACAAAGUAAUCUUCACCUCCAUCAUGCAUGAAGUAGCGUCCACCGCCUAUGUGGUUAAUAUCAAAAUGCACUGUAGCUUGUAAAUGAUUUUUUAAACAAUAUCUGGAACUCCUUUUUCGCAGUGUAUUUGAUUUUAAAAUAAAAUAAUUUGUGC